GCGAAUCGUCGUUUUCUGGUGGUGCACGACGAGCCCUGGCACUGGUCGGGCGCGUAUAAAGUCAGUCGGGCUAGCCCAGUAUCGCGGCACCGUGAUACCCGGUGACACACAUCCAUGUCAGGUCGUGAUAGACGCACCGAGAACGGGGAUCGAAAGUCGCGACAAAAGUAUUGUGUAUUUUCAUACGUGAGAGUGCUGGAAUGAAUUUAAUCGUGUGACUGGGUGGUAACCGUGCCGAUCGCGACACUCGUAAUAACAGUUAGUAUACCGAGAUUCUAACGAGGGUGAAGAAUACAAUUAAUCAUUAUUGCGUGUCGCGAGGCCGAGGCAGUCCGCUUGUUGUUACUACUUGGGCGACCGACGACGAAUCGGGUACAAAAGUGAUAAGGUGGGUAACGCCAGGUUCGAGUCAUCGAGUUAACAUCCUUUGUUAAUUAUUACGGACGAGUUUCUGCCGCGUUAAACGUCGCGCACAUUGCCGAGGAAAGGAUAGCAAGCGACUUGCCUCGCGGCCGCGACUUUCCAACUCGGACAGUUGUUUUGGACGCGUUCGUCAAAGUGCCGGACAAAUUGUCAGAGGUUCUGGGCGAUGUCCUGGAGCUAUGCGGCGGAGGCGGAGGUGGCGGUAGCGGUGCUGCAACCGGAGACAGGAACAUGUCGAGCAACACGUCGUCGGGUGGAAGCGCGGCUACUAAGAUCGGGGCAGUGACAGGGGUAGCGAUAAUCAAGGGUAGAUGGGCCCAAAGAGGCACGAGAUCGCCCCUCUCUUCCGUCGCUAAUACCGAUAGUGCCGACAGUACAACUUCGACCAGUUCGGAGGAAUUUAACGUCGCGAAGGAACAACAUGCGGUACAACCGUCGAUAACAGAAUCGGGCUUGCCCCAUCAGAGUCGCAGUUAUCCAGGCGGUGGUGGAAGUGGCAGUCGAACGCUGGCAAGAAAUUCAUCCGUCAGCUCGCAGAGUUCGGUGGAAGGUGCAUCUUGUUCUUCGAACCAUCGUGGAUCGUCACCUCAAAUUAGAGCGUUCGGACCGGACGGACGGCAUCACGCUCGACAUGAUCCUUUACACACCGCCUCUUCGUAUCCACCUAGCAGAAGCUCGAGAUCUCCUUCACCAGCUCGUGCGGCGUCCUUGGAUGCACGUUGUGCAAGUCCUGCCAGUUACACGGGCAGCCUGCACAGUGGAAAUGCGUCACCUUCACAGACUUCUUUGUCGUCCGUAGCAACGGGUGUAAGUUCCACUUGCGGGUGUUCGCCGAUGAAUGCCGUUCAAAGUACUUCCAGACAGACUAGUCGUUGCUUAUCGCCCCUUCUCAUCCCACCGCCACGUGCUUCCGUAAGUAGCGACGGUGGCCCCAUACCGCCUGCUUCUCCACUUGGUUCUUUACAACCGGACCUUUAUCAAAGACGCGACGGUCCUGUCUUUCUCAGUGCUCGCAGGACAGGAAAGCAUUUGGGUAGGCUUCAUCUGCGCUUGAGAUACGACUUUGAUAAAUCGGAUUUGGAUGUGCACUUGAUCGAGGCACACGAUCUCGCAGGCAGCGAUCAGGGCGGUUUCAAUGAUCCCUACGUCAAGCUGACUCUCAGCCCAGAAGUGGAUAGCAGGAAAAGACAAACGCAGAUCCACCGGAACGAUCCAAAUCCGUUUUUCGAUCAGCAUUUCAAAUUUCCCGUCAGCUACGAAGAGCUGCAGGAAAAAACUCUAGUUUUACAGGUAUUCGAUUAUGAUCGUUUCUCGAGAAAUGAUGUAGUGGGCUCGGUGAGAGUAGCCAUGGAUAGCCUCGAACUGGCCUCUUCCACUUCCUCGGUAGAAGUUUGGGGUGAAAUAGCGAGAGAACGCAAACCACCGGAAGAGAUUCAAGAGGUUCUAGUUUCAUUGUCUUAUUUACCGAGUGCCGAGAGGCUCACGGUUCUUAUGAUGAAAGCGAGAAAUCUGUUUCCUCAACAGGACAAGGAGACAUUGGAUCCUUUCGCAAAAGUUAGUCUUCUUUGUGGAGAAAGAAGAGUAAAGAAGAAGAAGAAAACGGCCGUUAGGAGGGCAACGACAAAUCCCGUUUGGAACGAAGCGAUGUCGUUUAAUAUACCUGCCUCAUCACUCGCAUCAUCGGCUAUAGAGAUAUGUGUGCUGGACUCGAGCAGCGAAUUGAUCGGCGGAAACGCCAUUAUUGGAUCCUGCAUCAUUGGACCAGCUACAGGCGCGGACAGCGGUAACAGUCAAGGACGAGAACACUGGCUUCAAAUGACGCAGUCACCGAGGAAGCAAAUCGCUGAGUGGCACACGCUACACUAGUUUGAUCGUUUCUACGAUCUAGCCGUUUGAUCGCCCGAGUAAUUCGCGUCCUUGAUCGAAGGAAAUACAAUCUGUCGUCGUGUAACGUCGUAACGAAUAGUCAAAUGACCAUAUACAUAUACGAAAGGUAUAGCGAUAUAUUAUAUGUAAAGUGGCAAAAAAAUAACAUGUACCUAUUUCUCCACUGUCUCAACUAAAAAGACAAAAAAAAGGGAAGAAAAACCCAGCGACAUGUUAAGAAAUCAUUCUUCUGCACUUUUAUAGAUAUAUUAAUAAUCGUUAAAAAUCCAUAACAUUCUGGUGCGCAUCAACAUUCGAUGCGCAAAGAGAAACAAAGUAACGGCAUGAAUAUUCUUCGUAUGUCCAUGAACUAACAGGCACUAUGCAAUCGUACUUUCGUUGACUGCACAACAUUUUGCGCUAUACGCGUGAUCUAACUGUACAUUUCUUAAUUUUGGAUACUUGAACGAUUUAGAGGUGUAGUUUUUAAGUAAUAUUGAUGCUUUAAUACAGAUUCUCCGAAGUUACAAUGAAGGAAACGUGAUCCAAACUGUGAAGCAAAAGCAGAGACAGAUCUCGCGUUUCGCUUAACAGAUCAAUAAUCAAACGUACAAAGUAAUAUUUUAAGAUAAGACAAUUAUCACAAAAUCCAAGUACGCUGAUCGAAUCUAUUGUCUUGACUAAGAAGCUACUUUCUCUCAGGUUUAUCCCAUAUUUCUCUAAUAAUUAUGCUUCUUCUUCUUCCUCCUACUCCUCUUUUUCGAGAAAAAAGAAAAUUACAUAUAUCGGAAGCCUAAAUCAUUGGGUGACAAAUAUGGCCUAUAGAAGAGUAUUUAAAGUACGCCGUGUCUAUAGCUUACAGGCUAAUCGAAAAGGCCUAAUAACCCCGUGAAUGAGCAUGCUAAUCGCAACAGCGUAUUGACUGUGUCGUUAUCGCUGUGUAUUUUGUCAAGUGUGUAAUUCAUAUGCUAAAUAAAUUGAAACAUAAUGUGUGUGUAAAGGAAGCAAGUACGAGACGUAUUUCGUUUAGUAUCAAACUUGAUUCAAACAAUAGGCGAUCUUAAAUAUUCAUUUGUCAUUGAUCUUUCUCUCAACGUUGUCGCUUACAGGUACGCGCAUUUAUUUAUUUUCUUACUGAACGACGGAAAAUUAAGUCUGGUUUUUACAUGAAUCAAGUAUUACAAACGUAUCCGACCAAAGUCACCAUAUCACAUUGAUAAUUUAUGCUUUCAUUAUCGAGCCUAUUAGUUUUCACUUUAAAUGUCGAAAUAACAGCCUGCCGGCUAUCAAAGAGUUUAAUCGUAUAUAUGUAUAUCGUUAUGUUUAAGUGUCUGCGAUUUGUCAGUCGAAUUGCAUUGUAGUGACCCAUUGUUGGAAAAAGAGAAUUAAAUGUUAAUAUGAGCGUUAAAUAUAUCAUUAUAAAAUAAAAAUUAUAAUGAUUAUAAGUAUAAAUAUAUACAAAAAACUGUUAAGAGAAAAAUCAUUAAAAAUCUUUCUAGAUGAGAAGAAACGUUUCCAUCACGUGGAAACGUAGUCCGAAUUGUACGCUUAAAACUUAUAUACAUAUAUUUACGGUAUUUCUAUUAUAUAUAUACACAUAUAUAAAAAAUAUAUAGUAGAAUUAGAAAUAUCUUAUAUGUGCAGCUGCAAUUGUGAAGGUGGACAUUAGUAAUAGGGAUUUUCUACAACAAGUCUCGAGUUCAAUUCUCUUCUUAAAGUUAAAAGCAGAAGUUUUAUUAUUAAAUAAUAAUAAAAAGUUUAAAAAAAUACAGCGUGUCCGCUAGUCUUGCGUCUAUAAGAUUUUAAUUUUGAAACAUAAAUGUAAAAGAUAGAAAUUAUGCUUUGCGAGUGCUUUGUGAAUGAUAUCGAAAGAGAAGUGAUGUGGAAAAGAGCAAAUCAAUUUGGACAAUAAGAACGAAAUGCUUACUUGAAAAUCAAUUUAGAUAAAAUAAUUAAAGGGUCAAGUGUAAUAUUUUGAAUGUUUUAUAUACACAUACAUCAGUUCUUUAAAUCAAGUUUGACUUAUCAAACAUUCGUAGCCAUUAUUGAUUUUCCAUUAAAUAAGGUGAAAGAGUGAAUCGAGUGAUUUAAAAAGUAUCACGAAAUGAAAAGAGAUUAAUUUAUAUCAUUUGUUGGUACGUGGAUAUUAAUUUAAAACUAAAUAAUUCGGUUAAAAUGAUUGAUAUAUUUUCAAAUUAAAGUCUUACUUUCAACAUUUCUAAGAUGACUAGCAUUUUGCUGAAUACUUUUCCUUGUAGAGCUAUUUGUAAAGUCAGGAUCUUCACUGCACUACGAACAGUUUUUUAAAUCGCUCGACUAGUUGACCUUGUAUUAUCGCUAUUACUGAUCUCCAUUUUUCCAGCUGCGCUAUAUUAAUAUAAACAUACACUUGACAAAUGGUCUUAUAUGUUUACCGUCGUACAAUCAUCUUGAGUGUCUGCUGAAAUGUACUUUCGAUAUUGCUAUAUUCUACCACGUCAGUGAAGAGUUGUUUAUAAAGCGUACUUACACAAAUUCUCGUUAUAUAAGAGAAGCUCAAUUUUUUUCCAAGCUUAGGUCAAAUUAUAUUUAUACAAUAAAAAAUUAACUCGA